AUGGCCGAGGCUCGAGCCGGCUGUGGCUUCAUGGAUGUACGAAUUGCCACCCAUGGCGAGUACAAGGACUUUGUCGAGUCUUAUGGCAUCGGCUUCCGUUACGUGGCAGGCAACCCCUCCGAGCUGAUGCAAUUCUGCAUCUCCCAUGGAAACUUCACGCCGCGCUUCCUCUAUGAUGCUCUGGCCAAGUUCUCCGGCUUCCUGGAGGACCUUCUCCGGACGGCCUACCUGGCCUGCCAGGGCGCCGAUCUGUUGGUGGCCACGCAAAGCGCCCUCUGUGGACCGCACAUCGCCGAGGCUUUGGCCAUUCCCUUCCUCUAUGCCUUCCCCUUCCCCUGGUCCUCGACACGCGCCUUCCCGCAUCCCUUCGUGUCGCCAUUGCCAAAUGUCGGCGAGGCGGACAACGACUUCACCGACACUGUCCUCCCCCCGACCGGCAGCCUUCCCUGCUGUGCCCGGGCCGACGGAAAGUCUUCCACUCUGGCUUCCCCCACUGGAGAGGCCGCCAGCAGCAGCAGCAGCAGCAGCAGCCAGGAGGACUUGGAGCGCGCGGCCUCGGCCGACUCGUCGGAGGAGUCUCCCUCGGAGCUGCUUGUCGACACGGCUUCGGACGAAGCCACCGCCAACGGGCAAGACGGCCGAGCGGUCACUUCCCCUCGGGCCGCGACGUCCGGUGCGCUGUCGGCUCCAGCCCGGCGGAAUCUCUUCAGUCAACUUUUCUCCUACACCUCGAGCUUCAUGAACAUGAUGACCUACGAAUUUGUGAGCCGCGGCCUCUGGCUGGCCACCAUGCCCAUGAUCAAUCGCUGGCGUCAGGACACCCUCGGCCUUCACUACCUGCCGUCCUUCAAUGAUUCGCAAAUCCCCACCGUCUACCUGUUCAGCUCGAAUGUCAUCCCCCGGCCGAUCGACUGGAAGUCCAACAUCCACAUGGUGGGGUUCAUGACGCUAGAAAACCCGGACUGGGUGCCCCCGAGCAGCCUAGUGUCCUUCUUGGAUCGUGACAACCCGGCCCGGCUGCCUGUCGUGUACAUCGGCUUUGGAUCGAUCAUUGUCGAUGAUCCCGAUGAGCUUGAUCGUCGGAUUGUGGAGGCUGUCCGGCUGUCCGGUGUCAAGGCCAUCGUCGUGGACGGCUGGUCCCGGCGGUCCAAGGAAUCGCGCGAGCCGCAGCCCGGGUCGCCGAGCCUCGGCACGCCGAUGCCCGUGGCCGGGUCGUGCAUCCACCUGGCCACCUGCCCCGGAUCCUCGGGGCCAGCGCACCAGGAAAUUGCCCCCGGCCCGGGCGGGGCCAUCACCGCGGCCUCCGGUCGCAUCAUCGGCGCCGGGACGUCCACCGUGCAGCUUGCCACCUCGACGGUGUCCUCGGCCGCACGCAUCCUCGGCUCGGCCUUCUCCGGGAUCUUCUACGCCCCGAACAGCGGCGCCACCACCGGGACCGAUUACGACAGCACGCUGCCCUAUGGGCUGGGCGGUCUGACCAUGGAGGAGCUCCUGGCCACGGAGGACUUCACGCUGCCGGGCGGCAGCGGCAGCGGGCCCGGCAUGUCGUCCGAGGUGGCGGAAGAGCUCCUUCACCAAGGGAUGGAGCAUUUCCUUCGCGACAUGCAAUCCAAUUACCUGACCGCCGAGCAUGAGCUCUCCCUGCCGACCAGCUCCAUUCGCCUUGGUGGCGGGUCAUCCUCCGAGUCCCUGGCCACAUCGCGGUCUGCCUCAUCCGCCAGCCUGGCCGACGAGGAGGCGGCUCUCUCGGAGGACACUCCCGGGGCCGGUGGCAUUUGCGAUUCCAGCAUCGAGUUCCCCUCGCUGUCGGAGGAUCUGUUGAAUGUGACCGGGCGUGAUGGCGGCAGCCCCGGAGGCUCGUCGCCUGCCGUGCACCCGGCCCCCGGCGGCCGGACGGCCAGUCCCCUCCCUCGGAUGUCCUCAUCAGCCUCGCCGAAUGUCGAUGUCGACGACGCGGACUAUGUCAUCAGCGAUCUGGUGUACAAUGAGGCGCGCUUUGCCUCGGCGCUGGGCAAGGCCGAGGCGGUGGACCCGACCGGGGCCACUGCCGGCCCCGGGAUGCCCCCCGCUGCGGGGACUUCGGCCGGGCCCGCCGCCCCUGGCCAUCAUCAUCACCACCACCACCACCACCACCACCAUCACCACUUGGCCGCCGAGCCCCAGUCCGCCGGGGGAGCCGGUCGAUCGGGAUCCGCCAGCGGGCCGGCGACUGCCACGGGAGAGGCGCCCGAAUGCGCCGAGUCUCCCACCUCCCGAGCCGAGGCGGCCGCCCAUGCCAAGGGUCGGGAGCCAUGUUGCUCGAAUGGCCUGCCCCCUGGGGUCACCGAUAGUGCCAGUCUCGGGACCUUCUUCCCCUCGCACCCCCGGCGGGCCCCGGAGUCGGACUUCAUCUAUCGCAUGGCCGGGGCCCCGCACGACCGACUGUUCCCCCUGUGUGAUGCGGUGGUGCACCAUGGCGGUGCCGGUACCUCGGCGGCUGGCAUCCGUGCCGGCCUCCCGGCCGCCAUUUGUCCCUUCAUGGGGGACCAGUUCUUCUGGAUCAACCAGCUGGGCCACCGUGGCCUGGGCGUGGCCUUGCGUCUUUCACGUAAGGAUCUUCUGUACUCGGAUUCGAAGCCAGCCCCGACCGUGUGUCCACUGCACCCGGUCCCCGUGCCAGGCGCCCGGCCAACGGGCCUCACCGCCAGCGAUCCAUUCGCCGGGCAGAAGCCCACCGCCAGCGAGGAUGGCCCCUCCCCGACUUGUCCCCCUGAGCAGGGCCCCCCGGCGAGCCGGCCGCCUGGCCCUGGCGCGAGCCCCUCGGCCACCGGGCCCAGCCCGGGCGCCACUCCGGAAGUGCCUCCUACCAAGGACACCCCCUCGACGGCGGGCUCCGGCUCCGGGCAUUCGGCUUCGUCCUCCUCGGUCUCCGCCUCGGCGGGGGCUGCCCUGCCGGCUGCCAGCCAAGCCCCGCUGGCGGCGCUCCCUCUGGACGAGGGGGUCUUCCGCAUUGCCACGGUCUUGCGGCUGCUGAGCCUGCCGGACACGCCGAUGCGCCGGCGGGCGGCCUGGCUCGGUCGUCGUGUGCGCGCCGAGACCCCCUGCGAGAGUCUCACCACGCUGCUGAACCUGGAGUUCGAGCACCAGAGUAGCCUGCUGCAGGCGGAGUCCUUCGUUCUGGUGAAUCACACGCUGACUCCCGGGCAGCUGGACACUGACCAGCGCCCGGUCUUCGCCUCGGACCUGGAAAUGCCCACCGAGUCGCUAUUCUCCUUCGACGUUGCUUCCGAGACUCGGGGGUCCGGUUCGUCGGUCGCCGCAUCGAUGUCGGCAACAGCCCCGUCGGCCCCGACUCCGGGUGCCGAGAUCCCGGGGCCGGGGGAUGGCAUUCCCGAGAAGCAGGCGACCGGGGAAACGGAGGCCAGCGGUGAUGGCGAGCCCUCGGCGACCGGCACGCCACCCCCAUCAUCAUUGGGCGAUGACCUUCUCCGUCCGUCGACACCACCGCCGCCCCCCUCGAGCGAGUGA